CUCUUGGCUACCAGAUAAUGCAAGAAAAACACAGAUCCAAUAAUAAAACUUCCCUUAGCAAAUCUAGCCCUUAUAAUUCAGCUAAUUCCAAAAUGAAUAACCUUGUAGUUUUCGUCACUUUUUCGCUUUUAGUGUCUCUUUCUUAUGCUAUAGAAGUUGACUUUUGUGUAGCUGAUCCUAGCCUUCCUAGGGGACCAGAAGGGUAUGCUUGUAGGGAUCCCGCUACUCUUACAACAGAUGAUUUUGUUUACACUGGUUUCCGUGGUGACAGAACGAUCACAAACGUACCUGGAAAUAAUGUAACUCUAGCUUUUGUAGAUGCAUUUCCAGCUUUAAAUGGCUUAGGUAUCUCAAUGGCAAGGUUAGAUUUUGGUGUCGGUGGGGUUAUACCAGUGCAUUCACACCGAACAUCAGAAGUUAUUCUUGUAGCUAGAGGGUCAAUAAUUGCAGGAUUCAUCGACACAAACAACACUGCAUACUACAGAAGACUUGAAGUUGGAGACGUCAUGAUCUUUCCACAAGCUAUGCUGCAUUUCCAAGUUAAUGUUGGUACAACCCACGCUACUGCAUUUGUUAGUUUGAAUGGCGCAAACCCAGCAAUUCAGUUCUCUAUGAACUCUUUAUUUGCUGGAAACUUACCUGCUGAUAUAGCUCAACAAAUUACUCUUCUUAGUAAUGAGGAAGUAAUGAGAAUGAAGAGGGCAUUCGGCACUGCUUAAGAUCCUUUUUAAGUUAUAUAUACUUUUGUUCUACAUCAAUUGAUUAUUAGCGUGCUCAAUAAAUAUGUAGAUAGUAUGUAGGUAUGCUUGUUUUGUUUAUGCCAUAUCUUUCAUUUGAGUUUGUUCUACAUUCACCAAUAAAUAAAAUAAGGAUAUAAAAUAAUCAUUCGUUCUAUAA